GUAUUAUGCAACCUACAUUAUCAGCAUGUAUUUAUGAGUUACUUCCCUUCGUGUGUAAAUUCGUACUUUGUACCCUAGACUUACACCUUGGCUUUACUAGUGUACACUGAUCACCGAGAGAAAAUAACCAUUGACUGUUAAGACCAAAAUGAGUGGAUAUGCCAGCUAUGAGGACGCACUUAAUCCAAAGUACGGAGAACCGUUUCUGGUUCCUAUCGUCAUGGCAACGGCAGACACGUUGAAAGGAUAUGGUAAAAUUGUCACAGACUUCGAAAAUGAAAAAGUAGAAAUCACCCCAUGGCCAGUUAAAGGUUGGCGCAAAUUGUGUCCAGGUACUGGUACUAUGGCCGGCGAGUGCAGCGGUGACUUCUCAUAUAAGUGGGUCGGGGACCAGUGCACGGCUAUUAAUAAUGCUGUGGGCGGAGACUAUGUAACUGGUAGACUGCCAAAAAAUGUUUCACCUUCGGACCGGACACACGUGCUUGUUAGAGAAGCUAAUUACCACCCGGAUGGAGGUCAAGUUUUCUAUCCAAAAAAUAAAGACCCGUUUGUUGCUUUGCUUGCUUUGCCCACGGAUGAUAUCAAAAUGGAGAAUUUUGUUGCCUUUUAUUUCGACGGAAGCUUUGGUGUCCAGAUUCAUGCAGAUAUCUGGCAUCAGCCGGUUUAUCCAAUUAACGACGAGGCUGUGUUUCUUGGAAAACAGGGGGCGGUACACGCAUGUGUAGCAGUGGAUACAGUUGAUGAAUUCGGGAAAUACUUACUUGUACCUAUAAAACCGCCAAAAUGAACCGCAUCAGUAAAUAAAUGUCACAUGACAGAAUGAAAAUUUCAAAGUUUACGUUAGAAAGCUAUUUGUUAAAAUUUCAUUUAUGCAAUUUGAAUAAAUGAAACGGUAAUUAACAGUAUACUCAAUAGAAAUAAUUGUAGAUUCUAACCUUUUGCUGUAUAAAACUAUAAAUAAAUGAGUAAUAAUGCCA